GAAAGUAUAUUUUUAUGGGGAUUUUAAUGAAACAAACCCUUAACUUUGGGCCCAUCCAGUUUUUAACCCUUAAGUAUUUUGAUAAUGAAAUAACUCCUUAACUUAAGUCUGUUAGAAAAAGUAACUCUCCGUCGUUAGCAACGUUUAAACCAAAGAGUUUUGUCUUUUAUGUCCUAUUAAAUGAAGAAAACAACAAGACAUAUCACAGAAACGGUAAACUUUUUAUGAAUGCUUGGUUUGCAUUAAACCACAAUAAAACACAUUGGUUUGGAGAUCAAGAAAAAUCUGAUUUCAUAAACCCUAAAAUCUCAAAAGGUUCAACGACAAGUAUGAUAGAGAUCUCAAAAUUAGUGUGGUGGCUAUAGAGGCAGAGUUUGUUAGUGCAAUUUCAUAAACGAUUGCUCGUUACUCAUCAUUCUCCGUAGGCAAAAAAGGAUUUUGGAAAUCUCUACUUCAUCUUGCUCCAAGAUGAUAAGAACGAGUUUUUUUCGAUUAUAUGUGGGUGGAUAUUGGACCUCCGAUGGUUCGUAUAUUGGUGGUGAUAUAAGGCGGUGUAGGGUAGAGUUUGAAAAUCCAAGUAUAUCAAUGUUAGUAGAUAUGGUUCAGAAUGAAGGUUUUGCAGAUAAUAUGAGGAAGUUUUCAUAUUUCCCAUCCAAAGAAGACUAUAAUCGGAAGGAAUUGUCUACAGACAUUGACGUUGCAGAAAUGAUUAAUUGCAUUCAGGAGUUGGAAAGUAUGAAUCUAUAUGUUGUUAGGGAUGAUGAUCCAUAUUUGGAAGAUGUGCUUGUUGGAGAAGAGGAAGAGGAAGAUGAAGAAGAACCUGAAGAUGAACCUAUUGACUUUUAUCGUGAUGAUUAUGCUGAGACUGACGAUUCAGAUGAUGAUGGCCACCAAGUUUCUUUUUUUGUUGGUCAAGCGUUUCUCUCCAAAGAAAGUUGCAAGAAGGCUAUUGAGAAGUAUGCUAUUAAAGAGAAGGUCAAUAUUCGUUUUCAUAAAUCUGAAAGUAAGAAAGUAGCUGCAGUAUGUGUACAAGAUUGUUGUAGUUGGAGGAUAUAUGCCUCAGUAAACAGCCGGCCUGCUAAUAUGGUUGUGCGGUCGUACAAUUGCACUCACACUUGUUAUCCAACUGGUGUAGUGAAAUUAUAUAGUGCACCGAAGAUAGCAGCUGAUUUUUUGAAUGAGUUUAGGACAAAUCAAAAUUUGAGUGCAGAUCAGAUGAUGCAAAGGUUGCUAAUCCAAGGUCUUCGUCCUGUGAAUGGAAUGGAGCUGUGGAAAACUCACACUAAUGUUGUAGUUAUGCCUCCUCCGGACAGAAUCAUGCCAGGGAGACCAAAGAACAAUGAUAGAAUUCAUGAGCCAACUGAAGCUCUGCCAUCCCAAGUUCUUUCUGCACGUGAAAAAGUUCAAAUGGUAUUAUCAUUUACUAUGUAUUACAUUGGGUAGUAUCACUUGUCUUUUUAUCAUAUCUUACUUUACUU